AUGUCUAAGUGUACACCAGAAGCGCAGAUGCUUGUAAAGCAGCUUCUAGCGGAUCCUGAGAACGCUGUAUGCGCAGAUUGCCAGAAAAAUGUAUCAAAAUGGGCUAGUUCUACACUUGGAAUAUUUAUUUGCUAUGAAUGCAGUGGUAUUCAUCGUUCAUUAGGCACACACAUAUCAUUUGUUAGAUCAGUAACAUUAGAUGGUUGGACUCCUGAACAGGCUCGCGUUAUGAAGCGUGUUGGCAAUAGAGUUGCAAAUGAAUACUGGCUACAUAAUCUUCCUGCAGAUUUCAGUAUACCAUCACCAUACGACAGAUUUGGAAUGGAAAAUUUCAUUCGCCAAAAGUACGUAGAGCGCCGCUGGGCCGAUUCAUGUGAGCCACCUCAAAAUCGCAAGGGAAGAUUUGCUACACCAAGUAACCAACAGAUGCAAUCACCUUAUAUGCAGCCAGCACCAGUUGUAAGUCAGCCAAAUCCAACUCCAACAGAAAUUCCGAAACCAAAUCCAAUUAAACCUGUCACAAAGCCUAAAAUAUCAAAAUCACCAGAGGUUAAGCCACCAGAAAUACAAAAUACAGAAGCUUCAAGUAGCUUUGAUUUCAUAAAUGAAAUGAACGAGCAGCGUCAGCCUCAGGUUAUAGUCCAACACUCUUCCUCUAGACGCAUUAAAGGAAUGGCAAGAUGGGCAAAGAAACCAAGCGGAGACGCAGUAAUUAACCAAAUGAUGACUGGAGGAGACUUCCGCCCAAUGUCAGCACCAGUCAAUUUGUCACAGCCCGGUUCAGCUGUAAAUUUGUUUGCAGGUUUAGAUUUUUCACAAGCAAAUCAUUGA